GGAGAAGUGCAUAGCCUCCAACCCCAAACCAAACUCGACCAUGUUCCCAAUUAAAAACCUUACUCCCUUUUUAAACCCGACGCUCCAACUCUUACCUCUCACUGCAAUUUUUGUUCCCAACAAUGGCGACUGCAAAUCUGCUACCUCUGUUCUCCUUCGCCAUCUUCUUUUUCUCUCUCUUGCCCUUCACUCUGUGUCGCACUUCGCCGGAGCUUUCUCACUCUUCCUCCUCCUCCUCCGCUUUUCUCGAUGUUUCGGCUUCCCUGAAACAAGCCAACCAGGUCCUCAAAUUCGACCCCAAGGCUUUGCUAUCCUUCCAGCAGCAGGAUGAGGUUGUUCCGGGGAACUCUUCUUCCUCCUUUUCUCUGCAACUGCACUCUCGCGACGCUCUUCAAAAUGCCGGACAUAAGGACUACAAGAGCCUGGUCCUUUCCCGGCUGGACCGGGACUCUUCUAGAGUUAAAUCGCUCAACGAUAGGCUUGAAUUUUCCCUCAGUGACUUGAAGAGGUCGGAUCUUCAGCCGUUGCAAACGGAGAUUCUGCCAGAGGAUCUGAGCACUCCGAUUGUCUCUGGCACCAGUCAAGGAAGCGGCGAGUAUUUCUCCCGCAUCGGCGUCGGACGACCGGCUAAGCCGUUCUAUAUGGUUCUUGACACCGGCAGCGAUAUCAAUUGGCUUCAAUGUCAGCCUUGUACGGACUGUUACCAGCAAACCGACCCGAUUUUUGACCCGAGAACUUCGUCUUCUUUUGCUUCACUUCCCUGCGAAUCUCCGCAGUGUCAAGCUCUAGAAACGUCUGGCUGUCGUGCUGCGAAGUGUCUUUACCAGGUCGCGUACGGCGAUGGCUCCUUCACUGUCGGUGAGUUCGUUACUGAAUCUCUGUCGUUUGGCAACUCCGGGACGAUUAACAAUGUCGCUCUUGGCUGCGGCCACGACAACGAAGGAUUAUUCGUCGGAUCCGCCGGAUUGCUCGGACUCGGCGGCGGAUCACUAUCCCUCACUUCUCAGAUGAAAGCGUCGUCGUUCUCAUACUGUCUUGUGGACCGCGACUCUAGUUCGUCUUCAGCUCUCGAGUUCAAUUCCGCUGCACCGAGUGACUCAGUGAAUGCUCCAUUACUCAAAAGCGGAAGAGUCGAUACAUUCUACUACGUCGGACUCGUCGGAUUGAGCGUCGGCGGCCAGUUACUGUCAAUUCCUCCUUCUCUGUUUCAAAUGGACGAUGCCGGCUACGGCGGUAUCAUCGUCGAUUCAGGAACCGCCAUAACUCGACUGCAGACUCAAGCCUACAACACCCUUCGCGACGCCUUCGUGAGUCGCACACCAUACCUAAGAAGGACAAACGGCUUCGCAUUAUUCGACACAUGUUACGAUCUGUCAUCGCAGUCAAGAGUCACCAUUCCAACGCUAUCAUUUCAAUUCGCCGGCGGGAACUCGCUGCAGCUGCCGCCAAAGAACUACCUCAUCCCAGUGGACUCCGUCGGAACUUUCUGUUUGGCGUUCGCCCCAACGACGUCGUCUUUGUCCAUCAUAGGGAACGUCCAGCAGCAAGGGACACGUGUCCACUUCGAUUUGGCAAAUUCACUCGUAGGGUUUUCACCCAACAAAUGUUAGAAAGGGUAAAAAAUAAAAAGGAAAACAUAUAAAUUAGGGCUUUUGUGUGGGAAUUAACGAAAUUAGGGUUGUGGUGAAUUAUUAUGAAAUUAGGGUUUUGGAGGGGAAAUUAAUUGGGGAAUUGAAAGAAUGUGGAUAAGUAAAUAUGGCCAUAUGGAUAUCAAUUGGAGAAAGGUUUGCACCCAUGUGCUCCUCAUAAAUCAGUCAUAAUUGUACUCUCAAGAUUCAGUUGAGUGGCAUGCAUGGUAAAUAGACUGCAAAUUUAUGGUCUAAUUUUUA